CUCUCUUCUCCACUUUGCUUAUAUAUCACGGGCGUCUUGCUUUCGCUCACUGGCUCUUUCUCCCUCGCUCCUUCUCGGAUCAUUAGAUCUGAUCUCUUAUCGCCUCAGGAGAUUUCGCAAGAAGUGAUAAAGAAUGGGCCGUGGAGUUAGUGCGGGUGGCGGGCAGAGUUCCUUGGGGUAUCUUUUCGGCAGUGGAGAGGCACCAAAGCCAGCUGCUAACAAUGCUCCAGUUGAAACUCACCCUGUAGAUGCCCCACCGCCAUCUAAACCCGUUGCUCCUCAACCCGUGGAUGUGACAAAGCAGGUUCCUGCUGGUAUCAAUAGCACCUCUGCCAACAACUACAUGCGAGCUGACGGGCAGAACACUGGCAACUUCCUUACCGAUCGGCCAUCAACUAAGGUUCAUGCUGCUCCUGGAGGCGGCUCGUCUCUUGGAUACCUCUUUGGUGGGGGAAGCAACUGAUACAUACUUCCUUCAUCACUAUCCUCUUUUAAUGGGAAGAAAAAAGCCUUGUGUGUUAUUCUUGUGAAACCUAAACCUAUUGUUCUUUGAGAAACUCCCUGUCCUUUGUGUUUAACUAAAAGAAGUAAAAACAACAGAAGUUGUAAUGUCUGAGAAUUGUAGGGGCAAAUGUCUGUAUGGUUGUGUUCAGACUCCUAAACCUGAAACCCCAAAAAAAAUCUAUUGUCAAAUUGCAUCAUCA